CACUGUCCCCAUACGGCAAUGUCUUAAGGCUUCACAUGGCUUUGUGUGGAGUAGCUGCACUCUGUGCUUUGUGCUUAAUGGUAUAAAGUGAGAUGUUUUGGAGAGAUAACAGCACACUCUUCAAAGUAGAAACCUCAUUGUUAAAGAAAUUAAGAAGCUAUGUUCUCAUUACCUCUCUUAUCCUUCUACUCUCUCCCCUUCUUCUUCAUCUUCUUCUUCUUCAUAUUCUACCUUUUCAGGUUCUUCUCCAAUACUAGUCAGAAAAGCUUUCCACCUUCUCCGCCAAAGCUCCCAAUCUUGGGGAACCUCCACCAGCUUGGCCCGUAUCCGCACCGCUCCCUCCGUUCACUAGCUCAAAAAUACGGACCACUUAUGUUGCUUCACUUUGGCAAUACACCGGUCCUUGUUGUCUCCUCUUCUUUAUCAGCUCGCGAGAUCAUGAAAACCCAUUAUCAGGUCUUUUCGAGCAGGCCUAAACUGAGCAUUGCUAGAAGACUUCUGUAUGACUCAAAAGACGUGGCGUUCAGCCCCUAUGGUGACUACUGGAGGCAGCUAAGAAGCAUUUGUGUCCUCCAUCUUCUCAGUAACAAGAGGGUCCAAUCCUUUCGGGGUGUGAGGGAAGAGGAAACAGCUCUUAUGGUCGAAAAGAUCAGAUCUCAUUCUCGUUCCUCUUUAUCUUCAUUGGUGAACAUGAAUGAAAUGUUGGUGACGCUCACAAAUAACAUCGUGUGUAGAGUGGCGAUGGGGAGGAAGUAUGAUGGAGCGGGAGAAGGGAAGAAGUUUACGGAGCUUUUGGGGGGAGCUGUGGAGCUACUGGGUGUUUCCAAUGUGGGAGACUACAUCCCGUGGCUUGCUUGGAUUAACAGUAUCACUGGAUUCGAUGCUAAAGUGGACAAAGCUGCUAAGGGGAUGGACGAGUUUCUGGAGGGAGUAGUGGAAGAACGAAGGAAUCUCUAUAAACGAGAGAACGGUGACAGUGGAAGAGGAAGCCGUGACAGUGAGGAAAUACAGGACUUUGUGGAUAUUCUGCUUGAAAUUGAAAGAGAGAACGCAGCUGGAUGCUCUCCUCUUCACAGAGAUACUAUCAAAGCGCUUGUAAUGGACAUGCUUGGUGGUGGAACUGACACAACAGUCACAACGCUAGUGUGGACGAUGACUGAGCUCGUAAGACACCCGAAAGUCAUGAAGAAGCUGCAGGACGAAGUGAGGGAAAUAGCCAUGGGUAAACCAAACGUAACCGAGGAUGACUUGGAAAAAAUGCACUACUUGAAAGCAGUGGUCAAAGAAGCACUUAGGAUACGUGCUCCCAUUCCAUUACUCGUUCCGCGUGAAUCGAUUCAAGACGUCAGGGUAAUGGGCUAUGACAUUGCGGCUGGCACACAAGUGCUAAUCAAUGCUUGGGCAAUCGCGAGAGACCCCUUGACGUGGGAAGAUCCCGAAGAGUUUAGGCCAGAGAGGUUCUUGAACAACUCAAUAGACUUAAAAGGGCAUGAUUUCGAGUUUAUUCCCUUCGGUGCUGGCCGGAGGGGGUGCCCCGGUACCCUUUUCGCCAUCAAUGUGAAUGAGCAUGCAUUGGCAAAUAUUGUGCACAGCUUUGAUUUGUCAUUGCCCAGUGGAGAGGAUUUGGACAUGACUGAAGUCACAGGUUUAGCUAUCCACAGGAAAACACCUCUAAUCGUUGUUGUCAGUCCUUCCUCUUUCUAGUGUCAGAAACUUUGCUAUAUGCUGCUGUAGCUAUUUAUGGAUAAUGGAAAAUAUGUUUUGGUCACCAGCAAAGGCUAGCUACAUCUCUGUGGCUAGAGAUCUCUGAAUGACCAGAGCUCCUAUAUGUAAGUGUCUUUUUAUGAACAGUAUUUCUAGCCUAAUCAAGGCCUGUAUUUAUUCA